AUGGGUCAAGGUAAACCAAGAGGUCUUAACUCUGCUAGAAAGUUGAGAGUUCACCGUCGUAACAACAGAUGGGCUGAUCAGGCUUACAAGUCCAGACUGUUGGGAACUGCUUUCAAGUCGUCUCCAUUCGGUGGAUCUUCUCACGCCAAGGGAAUCGUUUUGGAAAAGAUUGGUAUUGAAUCCAAGCAACCAAACUCCGCUAUCAGAAAGUGUGUCAGAGUCCAAUUGAUCAAGAACGGUAAGAAGGUUACUGCUUUCGUUCCAAACGAUGGUUGUUUGAACUUUGUCGAUGAGAACGACGAAGUCUUGCUUGCCGGUUUCGGUAGAAGAGGUAAGGCUAAGGGAGAUAUCCCAGGUGUUAGAUUCAAGGUUGUCAAAGUUUCCGGUGUCUCUUUGUUGGCUUUGUGGAAGGAAAAGAAGGAAAAGCCAAGAUCAUAA